UCUGUUUUUUCUUUCGUCUAUUUCAGCUCAGUGAUUGUGGGAAGCAGCAGGCAUGGCAGCUCCUGUAAACGUCCAGACUCCAAGUAAGACCUGGGAGUUGAGUCUUUACGAGCUGCACAGGAGCCCUCAGGAGGCCAUCGUCGAUGGGACCGAAGUGGCGGUGUCUCCGCGCUCGCUGCACAGUGAGCUGAUGUGUCCCAUCUGUCUGGACAUGCUGAAGAACACGAUGACCACCAAAGAGUGCCUGCACCGCUUUUGUUCCGACUGUAUUGUGACGGCGCUGCGAUCCGGGAACAAGGAGUGUCCAACCUGCAGGAAGAAACUGGUCUCCAGACGUUCACUGCGCAGAGACUCCAACUUUGACGCGCUCAUCUCAAAGAUCUACCCGAGCCGCGACGAGUACGAGGCCCAUCAGCGGACCGUCCUGGAGAGGCUCAACAGGCUGCACAACAAGGAGGCGCUGAGCUCCAGCAUAGAGGAGGGGCUCCGCCAACAGGCCCGCUACAGGUCCGAGAGGAACCACAGAGUAAAGAAGCCCACUCAAGAGAGCGACAACACCACCUUCAGCGGCGGGGAGGAUAACGGCGACUCCCGCUCACACCUGUCCCACGACUCGGCCCCCUCAAACACUCCUCACCCCAGGGGCCAAACUCCCCCAGAGGCCGGACCGAGCCGCAAGCGGCAGCGAGCCUCCGACGACGGCUCCGGCCCCGAGGCGGACAGCGGGAGCCCGACUCCUCCGCUGAGGCGCCACAAGGAGGGGCCGGCCUCGGAGAUCGAAUUGGUGUUCAGGCCACACCCCCAGCUGGUCCAUGCCAACGACUACAACCAGACCAGAUUUGUAAAGACGACAGCCAACGCCACCGUGGACCACCUGUCAAAGUACCUGGCGCUGCGCAUCGCGCUCGAAGAAAGACGGACCGAGGCACAGACGGAGAACAGAGGAAAAGAGGAGGGAGGAGCAGAAGGAGAAGGUGAAAGUGGAGGAACGUCAAGGAGCGGAGACGGGUCAAGUCUUAAUAACGUCAGUGAGAAACAAUACACCAUCUACAUAACGACGAGGGGAGGACAGUUUUCAACUCUCAACGGUUCUCUGACUCUGGAGUUGGUCAACGAGAAAUACUGGAAGGUCCGAAAGCCACUGGAGCUUUAUUACGCCCCGACCAAGGAGCAGCCGCAGCCUCAAGCGACGCAGCAGCAGAAGUCCCCUCCUCCACAGGACGGAUGAGUUCAGAACCGCUUUAUUGGUCGGCUGCCCAAGAACGUCGUCGGUUUCUGUUUGUAAUCUCAAAUUAAUUUUGGAUUUUUUUUUUUGGUUUAACUUGCAAACUUAUUUUUAUUCUAAGCAUUUGACAGCUGACCUGAGUUGAAGGAAAUGAUUAUAAACAGAAAAUAGAAACUACCGCAGUGUAAAAAAAAAAAAAAAAAAAAA